ACCAUGUGUCGCCUCUUGGUGCGCAUUUACGCCAUUCUACCGUCGAAUACUAAUGCUUGCAUCUUUUCUCAGGCAAGCACUGGAUCAGCUUGAUGAUUAACAGAGACACGAAUGUCCGGAUGAACAUGAUACUGGCGUUGCAGCAUGAGUGGCUCCGGAAUGAGGAGUAUGAACUAGAGCAGUCGUACUCUCAAGAACCAUACUCCCAAACGUACCCUGAUGAAGCCGCUGAUAUAAGGAAUCCAUUGAGCGCAUCGUCGUCAUCCGCGUGCAUUUCUGUGGACACCAGAGAUGUCACACCUGAAACGCCAUUGCAACAUCCAAUCGGCCUGGAUGAUUGCUCGCAGGACCUUGGGAAUUUACGCCUUAGCUCUGAGGAUAUGAAGAGCCAGUGGUCCUUGGAUACGGAGUCCGUGAACAUUUGCCACGGGGCCGCUGAUUACUUCCCUAGCAUCCCCCGCAUGACUCCUCGUAUUCCUUAUCCUCCACAUCCCUCAAAAGAAUCCGACAAUAACCUAACUGGCAUGAAUCCUCUUCGUUCCGCGUGGAUGCCACGUCCGAGCGGUGGCCCCUUAGCUCCUGUCAGCGAAGAUUCUGACAUCCUCACCCCUGGUGGCAAGCGAAAGCUUCGCUCUUCCCCUCCUCGUGCUCCAUCCCCGGUAUCAGAAAAAUCGUCAUCUCCUCUAUCUUCCCCUCCACCUUUGUCAGAAGGGACAGUCAGGCCCGAAGCUGGAAAGAAGCCUGCCUCGCGCCAAUCACCCCCUGAGAGACGCACGUCGAUACGCAUAAAGGCGAGAAAAAGCAAAGCAGUGGCCAGUGCUGCAGCAGAACAAACCCCACCCCCCGUUCCCAUUUCUAAAGUCAAACGGCGACGCUUGACUUCCACAGGUAACGCUGCUCGGUACAGCUCUCCAUCCACUCGUGCUCGUCAGCGCUCAUCUUCCGCGGAAACAACAAAGUCCAAUCCAAUGAGGAGGGCCCGCCGCUCCUAGACUCUCGAACAGCGGUGGAGGUAGCAACUUCUGGUCGAAUUCAGGAGUCAAUUCUAACGGCCAUCGCUGUCGAUCUGUGUUCCAACGCUCCCGCCAUAGUAUUGCUUGCAAGACCAUCCCGCCCUCCCCCAAAAAAAUUUGCGUAUUCGUCGCUUUCAAGGAUCAGGUCAUCUACAUAAUUCUCUUUUGCUUUCUUUUUUUUCUUG